AGGAAACCAUUACAACACCGCUCGGGCCGUGCUCUCUGGCUGCUGCCGCCACCCCCGCCCUCGCCUCCGGUGCACAUUAAAGAUCCAGAACCAUGACUGACUCCAAGUACUUCACAACCAAUAAAAAAGGAGAAAUCUUUGAAUUAAAGGCUGAACUCAAUAAUGAAAAGAAAGAAAAGAGGAAGGAGGCUGUGAAGAAAGUGAUUGCUGCCAUGACUGUGGGAAAGGACGUUAGUUCUCUGUUUCCAGAUGUAGUGAACUGUAUGCAAACUGACAACCUGGAAUUAAAGAAACUUGUUUAUCUCUAUUUGAUGAAUUACGCCAAGAGUCAGCCAGACAUGGCCAUCAUGGCUGUCAACAGCUUUGUGAAGGACUGUGAAGAUCCCAAUCCUCUAAUUCGGGCCUUAGCAGUCAGGACCAUGGGGUGCAUCCGGGUGGACAAGAUUACAGAAUAUCUCUGUGAGCCUCUCCGCAAGUGCUUGAAGGAUGAAGAUCCCUAUGUUCGGAAAACAGCAGCGGUCUGUGUGGCAAAACUCCAUGAUAUCAAUGCCCAAAUGGUGGAAGAUCAGGGAUUUCUGGAUUCUCUGCGGGAUCUCAUAGCAGAUUCAAAUCCAAUGGUGGUGGCUAAUGCUGUAGCAGCAUUAUCUGAAAUCAGUGAAUCUCACCCAAACAGCAACCUACUCGAUCUGAACCCACAGAACAUUAACAAGCUGCUGACAGCCCUGAAUGAAUGCACUGAAUGGGGCCAGAUUUUCAUCUUGGACUGCCUAUCUAAUUAUAACCCUAAAGAUGACCGGGAGGCUCAGAGCAUCUGUGAGCGUGUAACUCCCCGGCUGUCUCAUGCCAACUCAGCAGUGGUGCUUUCAGUGGUAAAAGUCCUGAUGAAGUUUCUAGAGUUGUUACCCAAGGACUCUGACUACUACAAUAUGCUGCUGAAGAAGUUGGCCCCUCCACUUGUCACUUUGCUGUCUGGGGAGCCAGAGGUGCAGUACGUCGCCCUGAGGAAUAUCAAUCUAAUUGUCCAGAAAAGGCCUGAAAUCUUGAAGCAGGAAAUCAAAGUCUUCUUUGUGAAGUACAAUGAUCCCAUCUAUGUUAAACUAGAGAAAUUGGACAUCAUGAUACGUUUAGCAUCCCAAGCCAACAUUGCUCAGGUUCUGGCAGAGUUAAAGGAAUAUGCCACAGAAGUGGAUGUUGACUUUGUUCGCAAGGCUGUGCGGGCCAUCGGGCGGUGCGCCAUCAAAGUGGAGCAAUCUGCAGAGCGUUGUGUGAGCACAUUGCUUGAUCUCAUCCAGACCAAAGUAAAUUAUGUGGUCCAAGAGGCAAUUGUCGUCAUCAGGGACAUCUUUCGCAAAUACCCCAACAAGUAUGAAAGUAUCAUUGCCACUCUGUGUGAGAAUUUAGACUCGCUGGAUGAACCAGACGCCCGAGCAGCUAUGAUUUGGAGUGAGAGAAUUGACAAUGCAGAUGAGUUACUAGAGAGCUUCCUGGAGGGUUUUCAUGACGAGAGCACCCAGGUGCAGCUCACUCUGCUUACUGCCAUCGUGAAGCUGUUUCUCAAGAAACCAUCAGAAACACAGGAGCUGGUACAGCAAGUCUUGAGUUUGGCAACACAGGAUUCUGAUAAUCCUGACCUUCGAGACCGGGGCUAUAUUUAUUGGCGCCUUCUCUCAACGGACCCUGUCACAGCCAAAGAAGUAGUCUUGUCUGAGAAGCCACUGAUCUCUGAGGAGACAGAUCUUAUCGAGCCAACUCUGCUGGAUGAGCUGAUCUGCCACAUUGGAUCUUUGGCUUCCGUGUACCAUAAGCCUCCCAAUGCUUUUGUGGAAGGAAGUCAUGGAAUCCAUCGCAAACACUUGCCAAUACAUCACGGGAGCACUGAUGCAGGUGACAGCCCUGUUGGCACCACCACUGCCACGAACCUGGAACAGCCUCAGGUCAUCCCCUCUCAAGGUGACCUUCUAGGAGACCUUUUAAACCUUGACCUCGGUCCCCCAGUCAAUGUGCCACAGGUGUCCUCCAUGCAGAUGGGAGCAGUGGAUCUCUUGGGAGGAGGACUAGAUAGUCUGGUGGGACAGUCCUUCAUCCCCUCAUCAGUGCCUGCAACCUUUGCUCCUUCACCUACUCCUGCUGUGGUCAGCAGUGGUCUGAAUGACCUGUUUGAACUCUCCACGGGAAUAGGCAUGGCACCUGGUGGAUAUGUGGCUCCUAAGGCUGUCUGGCUUCCUGCAGUAAAAGCUAAAGGCUUGGAGAUUUCCGGAACAUUUACUCACCGCCAAGGGCACAUCUAUAUGGAAAUGAACUUCACCAACAAACCUUUGCAACACAUGACAGACUUUGCAAUCCAGUUUAACAAGAAUAGCUUUGGUGUCAUCCCUAGCACUCCUCUGGCCAUCCAUACACCACUGAUGCCGAACCAGAGCAUUGACGUCUCCCUGCCUCUCAACACCUUGGGCCCAGUCAUGAAGAUGGAACCUCUGAAUAACCUACAGGUGGCUGUGAAAAACAAUAUUGAUGUCUUUUACUUCAGCUGCCUCAUCCCACUCAAUGUGCUUUUUGUAGAAGAUGGCAAAAUGGAGCGCCAGGUCUUCCUUGCCACAUGGAAGGAUAUUCCCAAUGAAAAUGAACUUCAGUUUCAGAUUAAGGAAUGUCAUUUAAAUGCUGACACUGUUUCCAGCAAAUUGCAAAACAACAAUGUUUAUACUAUUGCCAAGAGGAAUGUGGAAGGGCAGGACAUGCUGUACCAAUCCCUGAAGCUCACUAAUGGUAUUUGGAUUUUGGCUGAGCUACGUAUCCAGCCAGGAAACCCAAAUUAUACGCUGUCACUGAAGUGCAGAGCUCCUGAAGUCUCCCAGUACAUCUAUCAGGUCUACGACAGCAUUUUGAAAAACUAAUAGACUGGUCCGGGGCCCUCCGGCCACGCUGUGAUUGGUGCAAAGCCAAGAACUCUUAACUGGAAGAAGUUGUAUUGCCGUGUAGAAUCUGAACCCAAACACACUGAGGCCGCCCACCAAGGUAGUGACUAGUGUAAUCUGUGCUAACAUUAGGGCACAACCUGUUGGAUAGUUUUAGCUUCCUGUGAACAUUUGUAACCACUGCUUCGAUCACGUCCCACCUCUUGCCACCUGCCGCUGCGAUCUGUCCUUACUUGUGAGCUUCUCCGUAGUGUGCCAGUGGCUGGCAUUUUUGAGUGUAGUUUGAUAUUUUGUAAUUGAGAGCUCAUUUCAAAAGCAGAAAAAGACAAAAAAUAUUAAAGCAAGGAAAAGUGUCACUGAAACAUAAAAAAAAAAAA